AUGCUUCUCCGGAGCUCCUCAAAGCCGGCCCUCAAGAACCUUGUGGGGCAUUGCUGCGUGGUACCUGAAAUCGAUGCCAGUCUGACAUCCCAUGUCAGCCCUAAAUACUCCCCGCUCCGCUAUGCGCCGACCUCGCCGUCUCUGAAGUGGACCUCAUCGAAGGGAGAUCUGAAAUUGUUUUCGUCCAACAAGGGGAAAUCCAAGAAGCAUACCAAAGAGGGAACGAACCAUCACCACUACUCAAAGCGCCGACCUCCCUCGCCGUCGACGGCGAUCGUGGCUGUGCCGGCUUUGUCGAGGACUGCGCCGCCGCUGUAG